UUUUUACAAUACAACUUUUGAAGAGCCAUGUCCCAACCGAAGCUUCGGUAGUUCCUAACCUUCUGCUUCGUUUCUUCCAACUCUCAUCAUCUUCAUCUUCUUCUUCUCGUUUCACUUUCUUCUCACUCCAACAAACAUCUCUCUUUCUUCACUCUAACGGUUUGUGGUCUGUAAAGGCUUUUUUAGAGCUGCUGUUCAUUAAAAGAAUUGGCUAGUCUAGAGUAAGGAUGACAUUAUUGUCUGGAAGAAAUUUUACACUGAACCCCAAUGCUCCAAUCUUCAUUCCUUUUGCAAUUCGCAACGUUGAGGAUUUCUCUCCAGAGUGGUGGGAACUAGUCAAGACAUCUUCAUGGUUUCGGGACUAUUGGCUAAGCCAACAUCAGGAAGAUGAUUUCGAGAGUAUUAAUGAUGAUCUAGACACUACAGAAGAGUUUCUUGAGGCUAUGGCUCUAUAUGAAGCAGAUGAGAAACCUGAAGUCAAACCAACGGCUCAUAAGAAUCUCACAAAAGGUGCAAGUAAUGAAAUGGAUGCGAAAAAAUUACUGAAGGAUCUAGUCAUUCCAAAUUCUCCAAAGAACAAAGGUCCAAAGUCCCCAAUUGGUCCUGCGAAGUACAGUGAGAAGCCAGCCAAGUGCAUGAGCCCAAAACACACUCCAAGGUUCAUUCACCAGCCUCGUUGAAAAAGAGAUUCAUACUCGUUACUGGAUUGCUAUUGCAGCAAGCACAUCAAAUGAGUGAGUACAAUAUUGUUGUCAUCGGGAUUGUGUAAGUUUCACUUAAUGAUGCAUUUUCUUCCAUAUUAGCAGUCAGUCAUUCAUUGCCCUUCCUUUUAGUGAUGCAAACUGGAUAUCGGAUUGUAGCUGCAGCAAGCGCAUGGAAUGAGUAGAAUCGUCUUGUCACACAGGUCAUGUAAGUUUCUUGAAGACAAGUAGACUAAAAUUUGACAAGUUUUUCAUCAAUUCACUUCUGUAUGUAUGUAUGUAUGUAUGUCUGUUUGAUAUAACAAGUUAUAUGUAUAAAUUAUCAGAGUCUUGUAGUCUUUGUGUACAGAUUUGGAGUACUACUUUACCAUAAUAUCAUUACUCAAUAAAAGAGCUGUCUCUGUUAAUGAGGUCGUCUCGUUUUCUUCUUAA